CGCGCCUCCAUCCGUUCCAGCUUCCAACCCGACAUCCCACGAGAAAAACUCCAUGUCUGAUCCCAGCGCCAGCAGCACGGCCUCUUCUUCUCCGACUUCUUCAUCUACGUCGCCCCGUCUUACCACCGGCGUCGUCAACUUUCUGGCCCGUCGUACCGUGACCACGCAGCAGAACCACCACCUAGCAGCAGCCGAAGCAUUCCCGCUGCACUCGCCGGGCUCCUCCACCGGCUCCGCCGACUCCGCGCCCUGGCACCACCGCGCCCCGGCCACGCCGCCACCUGUGCUUCCGUUCGACACCAGCGACGCCGACGAGAUGCUCCUGCUAGACAUGCUCUCCCAGCACCACGAGGUCCAGCACGCCGCGGCCGCACCGACGACGGCGCUGGCGAAGCAAGAGGCCGACGAGGAGGGCAAGGUGGCACUAGGUGUGGGUCGCGCGUUCCGCGGAGUGCGGAAGCGACCGUGGGGCAAGUUCGCGGCGGAGAUCCGGGACUCGACGCGGAACGGCGUGCGCGUGUGGCUGGGCACCUUCGACAGCCCAGAAGCUGCGGCGCUGGCGUACGACCAGGCUGCGUUCGCCAUCCGCGGUGGCGCCGCCGUUCUCAACUUUCCGGCCGACCAGGUCCGGCGCUCGCUCGAGGGCGCCGCCGACGACGUGUGCGGCCGUGCCCAUGGCUUGUCGCCCGUGCUGGCGCUCAAGCGGCGGCAUUGCAUACGGAGCCGGAAGGCCACGGCUGCCGGCAGGGAGGCGAAGGCCGCCACCCGGGGACCGCGACCGGAGUAUGUGAUGGAGCUUGAGGACCUCGGCGCGGAGUACCUCGAGCAGCUGCUUGGCGCCUCCGAGGACACGGCGUCCAUGGCUUCAUGGUGCUGGAGCCACCACUCCGUCUGAACUCGAAUCACACAUGCCGACGAGUCUACCGGGAUGGUGGAGAAUUCACAUCGCAAGGCAAGACCAACGAGCGCGACGAUGAGCGUGCCUGAUGUGUACUUACAUUGGUUUGAAGCAGCAAACGAGGGUGAAUUUGGGUUUGAGCUCGGUGAAAAUUGCGCUUUGUGGUUGACGGGUGAAGUGGAAUGGAGCUUUCCGUGCGUGGGCGCUGACGAUGCAGAAGCGGGAAUACAUGCAUGUCCUGAUUGACCAGUUUGAUCGUAUGGAAGAAUCUGGCUUUGGAAAUGAAUUACGGAUACAGACAUCACCCUGCUUUCGGAAGAAACGGAAGCUGUUAAAAGAAGGAUCUGAAAGUGAACAAACUGAGUCUGAACAGGCAGUAUGCGAUAAAAGGAAGAGAAAGCAUACGCAUUCAAUUAAGGAUGAUCAUAUAGUGAGAAGAAGUGGAAGCUAACCAGACGGUCAAAGAUCUAUAGUCAGGGAACAACGCUGGAAAGCAGAGUCAUUAUCUGAGAGUGAUAAUUUGAAUCCGAAGAGAUGACAAAGAAAAACAAGAUAGUAGAGCCAAGUUCUGAAAGUGGGCAAGCACCGACGAAAAGGAAGCAUGAAGGUGUGUAUGUUGAGUAAACCUUCGAAAGUGAGCCUAAACAUAGAAGAAGGAAGGUUAAGAGGACGACAAUAGGCAAUAUCUCUGAUAGUGAUGAGCAGAAGUCUAGGAAGAAAAAAAAGAAGAUUUCGUUACAAAACAUCUGAACAGAACAUUGACAGUGGUGAUAUGCAGCGCAAAAAAUACAAGAAAAAGUUGUAUGAGAGUUGUUGUAGCUCGGAAAGUGGAAGUAUACAACAAAAGAGAAACGAUCCCGGAACAACAAGAAGUUGUGUAUUGUCCAACAGAUGAAACCAUCCAUGAGCAGCAUUUAGACGAGAGAACAAAAAGCCAACACCGCAGCCCAGUUAUUGGUUACAAGUGUUGCCCACAUAAGGUGCAUCAAGUUGUCAAAUAAUUGAGUGACAUAUAGAAAGAAUGGGUGGGAGGGACGACCCUGCCGCCUCCACCAGAACCACCACCGCCGUCACCGCUGGGGGCCUCACCGGCACCGCUGCCGGCGCAGGUGCCGGGGCCGGGGUCCUGUCGUUCCGGCCAAGUGGUGGCUGCCGGAUUCGAAUCUGAGACGGCUCUGGAUCAGGAGGGCCAACAUUUGGCUCCAGCCCGAUGGCGGAUCCGAUUCAUAGUUUGCCGGAUGGAUGGAUCAUGGAGAGAUGGAUUUCUCUAUACACAUUCGCCGUCAAGAUGGAUGACGGUUCGAGAUCGCGAUCACGAUAUUCUCGCCGGCCGGUACUUGAACAUCGACGAACGGAUCCACGCAGGUAUGCGUUUGAAUAUCGAUGAUUUCGAAGUCGUUGUUGUUGAAUGUAUGCAGGAGAACUUAAGAGGGGAGGAUCAGAUCGAGGUUGUCGAUCUAAUAUCAGAACCAGAGGGAGAAGAAAACAGCAUGCAUGAUUGGGUCGACCACACGGGCGACUGCACGGGCAAACCCAUGACGCAUGGCGUGUCGACGGCGGGCACCCCCGGUGACGCCGGAAGGUCGGCGGGCGGUUUUGGGCGCUUGCGGAAGAGGACAGCGGGGAUGAGGAUGAAGACGGCGGACGCUCCGGCGGCUCGACGGAAUAUUCACCGACUCCCUCAGAUAUCAUUUGUGAAGCCUUCAAUCCCGGCUACGAUGAAGAAGAAGUGGCGGAGAUUGUGGAGGAGGUGGUUCGUCCAGAGGAUCCGGCGAGGACCGGUUUGCGCCCUGGAGAGAACUUGGAGUUACUCCGGCGUGUCGUACACCGGAGGACGGCUGCAUCGGCGCCUCGGCCAUGGAAGGGACCCAUUCCCAAGGUUAUAUUCCGCACUACGGCUCUGAUCCGUUCGUGGUCGCUACUCACUCAGACGGAGGCCAGGGAGCAUUUGGUUACUGGAUCUUUCCGCUGGGAGAUGGUAGCUCGGGAUAUCUUCAACCGGUUUGGAUGGCGAUCAUGUAAUAGGAUAGGCAUCUAGUUUAUCUAUCUAUUUAUAGCCAGCCGGUUGUGGCAUCUUAUCUUGGCUAGUCGAUGUUUCUAGCCUUUAUGGCUCUGUGUGAGCUUUCUUUGUUUUCAUUUUGUUUGGAGACCUUGGAACCAUGUUGAUACUGUUUUGGUGGUUAAUAAGAUGGCCGUAUGCAUCAUUCUGAUGCAGAGGCCGGGGA